AUGGCUGUCACCAAAGAGAAGAAGUCCUUCAAGAAGUUCGCGAAGAAGCACUUGGCCGGCGUCAUCGAGAUUCGCCGCAAGACUGCCAAGUCCAAGAAGGAAAAGCUUGAGCGGUUGGAGAAAAAAAAGGCCCGUGAAGCGAAAAAUGCGGCCAGGGAGGAGAAGGAGCACAUGGAUCAGCUGGAGCGGCUGAAGGACACUGACCCCGAGUUCUACUCCUACCUUGAGGAGGAAGACCCGACGCUGCUGGAAUUUGGCAAGGAGGACAUCGACGUCGUGGCGGAGAACGACGGCAGCGAUGCGGAGACGGAGGUGGACGACGAAGAGAGUCGCGGCGGCGAGAGCGACGAAGACAACGGGGAGGCGGACGGCGGUGAUGAGGAGGGUAGCGACGGUGCGGCGCCGCGGCGUGGCCGUAUCACUCGCGAGGAACUCACGCAGGUGACGAGCGCCGGCAGUGGCGUGGAGUCAUGCAUCGACGUCUUCGUCUCCGCUGUUCGUGAGCUUGGCUAUCAGGUCAAGGAGCACCCUCGGCCGCAGUCCACUCGCAAGUUCGAGGAGCCGGCUCUGGUGAAGGAGGCGCUGGUGUCGGUGGCGCAGCAUGUUGGCAAGCAGCUCAGCACCUUCAUCACGGGCAAGGGCUCCUUCAAGUCGCACAAGACGCGGAUGCUAGUGAAGCGUCUCCUCAUGGCUCUCUCGUCCGUCAUUGGCGAGGGAAACGUUGACGCCGUCUUGUCCGCGAGCCUCCUUCACGCCAUCGUGCCCUUUGUGCCGCUGCUCCACUACGUGCGUGGCGUCACCAAGACGGUGCUGAGGGUGUCGCUGAAUCUCUGCGCCGCUCCUGAGGAGUCAGUGCGCGUCGCGGCUUACAUGGUGGUGCGCUCUGUUGCAACCCGUGCGGCCGGUACGCGCUCCAUGUACCAGUCGACAGCGUUCAAGGGCAUCUUUCUCACGCUCAUCCGCACUGCCCACCAAUACAACAUCCACAACCAGACUACGGUUGCUUUUCUCAUGAACUGCGUCGUAGACCUCUACGGCACUGACAUGGAGGCCGCGUACCAGCACGCCUUUGUGUACCUGCGCCAGCUGGCCAUCUACCUGCGUGCGGCGUUGCAGCAGCAGACGCAGAGCAACGUUCGCGCCGUAGUCAAUUGGCAGUACCUGAAUGCGCUGCGCACGUGGGGGGCAGUGGUGUCGACGUACUCGGAACCGAAUCAGCUAGGGCCGCUCAUCCACCCGGUUGUGCAGAUCGCCACGGCCUUGAUGGACCUCUUUUCCUCGCCACGCAUGUUUCCGAUGCACCUCCAGAUUAUUGAAGUGUUGAACCACAUUGCUAGCCGUGCCGAAGGGCUCUACAUCCCUGUCGCGCCGUACCUGCUCCGCAUUCUGACCUCUCCGAGUGUUGCCCUCUCACACGCUCAAAAUGGCGUCUCGCCUGGUGCGGACCGGGUCGACUUGCUGUUCACCAUCCGCGUCAAGAAGUCGCAGGCGCGCAACGGUGUCUACCAUCGCGACGUCUGGAACGAGGCGCUGUACCUCCUCACCGAGCACCUUGCCACCCACAGUCACACCGUAGGCUUCCCCGAGGCCUUCUGGGCGGUUGAGAGCACGCUGCGCAAGCUCAGGACGCAGGUGCGUGUGCCGAAGGUGCACUCUAGCAUCAACAACUUGUUGCGUCACAUCCAGACGACCUCGCAGAAGAUCAAGGCGAAGCGUGACCAGGCCAACUUCGGUCCGUGCGAUCUUGCCGCGGUGAAGCAGUUCGAGGACGAGCUGAAGCAGAAGAGGAGUGCACUCGCGUUGUACUACCAGACUAUGCGGCAGCAGCGCAUCGACGACCUCGCCGCGAAGCACAAGGACGCGUCAGGCGAGCGCGUCACCUUGGACUCUGUUGCGGGGAAGCACAAGAGCAGUGGAAAGACUGGUGGCAAGCGGAACCGUCCGCAGGUGCGCCGCGACGCGUAA